CCCGCGCUGGCCGCCUUCGGUCCGGCCGUCUCCGCUUCCCCGCGGCCCUCCCACGCUCUGUGCAGUUGUUUCUCAGCAAAGAGUAACCACUCGUUGAAAGUUUGUCCCUUUGGAUGAAGAUGAGGAAGGCUAAAGAGGGAAAGUGACUGGCCCAGGGUCGCAAGCGAGUGGCGCUCUUGGCCCAGACACUUUCCACCACAACAAUCGUGGGAAAAAGAUAAGGACGCCCCUUUCUUCCAACAAAUGGAAAGAUGCCGCGCACGGAGAAGGGCUGUUGAUGUGUGAGGGGUUUUGAAGAGGGGAAGAAUGAGGAGGAGGAAGGGGCUGUCACAGCGGUCUCUCGCACACGUAGGAACACGCACGUUCUCCAUCCCCCAGCUCCAGCCUUCCCUGCUGUCCCGUCCCUGCUGCCCUGGACUCCGGCUGUAGCCCUCCCGUGGACAGCUUCGUCCCUCUUCUCCCUCCCAGAGCUCAACUGCUGUCACUUCAGGCUUUGCCAAGGAGGAGGGAACUGCAGUGACAGCAAGAGUAACCGGGUGGGAGGCAGGACAGAGCCGUGGGACAUGGGGAAGUAUGGAGAGGGAGGUGCCAAGGCCAGGUGUCAGUUGUAAGACCUAGAGAGAGGGCAGAGGAGCAGGGUGAGGGGUGGUGAGUCUGGUGGUAACAAGUGGAACCCGAAAGGAGCAGAAAGGGGGCAGAAAACAGGGGGCCUUGUGGGUCACAGAGCCACUCAGCCAUGUUGGGAGCCAAGCAACACUGGCUGGUACCAGGUCCCCUACACAGCUCCGGGCUGCUCUUGGCUCUGGCGUUUCUGGUCCUGGAGGCUGGAUGGGCCCAGGAGGGUUCAGAGCCCGUGCUGCUGGAGGGCGAGUGCCUGGUGGUCUGUGAGCCGGGCCGAGCUGCUGCAGGGGGGCCCGGAGGAGCAGCCCUAGGAGAGGCACCCCCUGGACGAGUGGCAUUUGCUGCAGUCCGAAGUCACCACCAUGAGCCAGCAGGGGAGACCGGCAACGGCACCAGUGGGGCCAUCUACUUCGACCAGGUUCUGGUGAAUGAGGGAGGCGGCUUUGACCGGGCCUCGGGCUCCUUCGUGGCCCCUGUCCGGGGUGUCUACAGCUUCCGGUUCCAUGUGGUGAAGGUGUACAACCGCCAAACUGUCCAGGUAAGCCUGAUGUUGAACACAUGGCCUGUCAUCUCAGCCUUUGCCAACGACCCUGACGUGACCCGGGAAGCAGCCACCAGCUCUGUGCUGCUGCCCCUGGAUCCCGGGGACCGGGUGUCCCUGCGCCUGCGGCGGGGGAAUCUGCUGGGUGGCUGGAAAUACUCAAGCUUCUCUGGCUUCCUCAUCUUCCCACUCUGAAGGCCCAGGCCUUUCAAGGACAGUAAUCCAGCCCCUGAGCACUGUCUUGUGCCCUCUCCUGCCCCAGAAACAGUAUCUUUGGGGCAGGAGAGAGGCUUCCUCAGGCUGCCUGUAUCCCUCCUCCUUGCAUGGGCCUCUGUGCCAAACACCCAAGAUUAGGAACAGAGAAGAGUAGAGCUGUGGCAUCUCUGGACCUGGCCCUUCCCAUCUCCCCACCCCUGCCCCAGUUGCCCUCCCAGCCUCCCACUGCAUCUCUUAUGUCUGCAGCCCUAGGAGCAGGGCAAGGUUUGGCAGGUAGAGAAGCCUGCAUUACUUUGAAGUCUCUCCUCCUCCUGCUCUCCCACCCCAGCUUCCUGCUCAUGCUAUUUGAGGACAGGUGGCACAGGUGAGCCUGACAGGCCCCCACAGGGGCCCAGAUGGACCAGCCUCAGCAUACUCUGCAGGAUCUUUCCUGUGAGGAGUGCCAGCAUCACAGAUCUCUGUCCAAAGCUGAGCCAGCACCGUAUGGGCCAGGAAGGGAGGCUCAGCCACAAGCCAAAAUGUGGGGAGGGCCACAGAGCAGUGCAGAGCCUGUGGCUGGUGAGGCAGGAAAGGGGCCUGCACCUAGCCUGAACAUGGUGCACAUUCUGCAUGUAUCCUGGGGCAGCCAACAGGCAGGGAUCCUGGCUGUGCAUCUGUGCCAGGUCCCAGAUGGACUCUAGCCCUCACCUCCCACCUGAGACUUGGAUGUGUGUGUUUGUUUUGGCUGAUAGCAGAGCUAAGAGCAGUAUACAGAGCUGGAGGUGGGGGUGGGAGGUCACACGUGGACCAUGGACACAUCAGUGACCGUGCCUCCUCUUACUUGGCCCCUGCUGGAACUGCACCACCUUUGAAGUCUGCACUUCAAUCACUUCACACUCUGAUUGCCUCUUCCUUUCUCCCAGCUCUUUCAUUCGGUUACCUUCACUGUUCCUGUUCCAGCCUGUCCCACCAACUCUCUUCUUUCUACUGAUCCAUGCUGUCUUACUGUCCUUCUUAAGCUUCCUAUUACCUGGGAUUCUGUGAUUCAUCCCUUCUGCCACUCUUCUGCCAGUAUUAUAAAGUCUGUUUCUUAUCCCACUGACCCAUUGGCCCAACAUGGUUGAAUCUAUCGAUAAAGUAACUAGAGAAUCAUGGUCCAUGAGACACUAUAGGUCACUAAAGAGAGAAGAUGCCUUUAUAGUUUGGAUCAGGGGUUACAGAAUACAAGCAGGUACGUUGUAGAGAAGAUAAUGUAAAACUGUGUAUUAUAGUUAAAUAAAAAAGGAUUUAGUAAAGUUCAAGUUAAGUAGGAAAUACCAAUGUGAUUUUGCGGUCUUAAAAAGAAAUAACUUCCUCAAAUUAUUCACUAAAAUAGUGUAGAAACAACAUCAGGAACAAUCUGAUAUGCAUUCUUAGCACAUGGAUCUUUGCCUCAAAUGUAAGUCAUCAAUGAAAAAAAAAAAAACUAGGGUUCCUUGGAGAAUAGCUACAUCCAUUAAAUAACUCUAGGCCUGGAUAAUGUUGAUAAUGGACAGCAAGAAUACUUCUUUAAAUGUACAAAGUAGAAGCUGUCCUGUUAGCUCAGUUGGUUAGAGCACAACCUUAUAAAACCAAGGUCAUGCAUUGGGAUCCCCGCACCGGCCAGCCGCCAAAAAAAAAUAGAGCUGAAAAGGCAAAGGAACCAAUUUAAAGAGGCUCCCACUUGAAAUGUUGUGACAAUUUGAUUAUCAAAAGAAUAUAAUAUAGUUAAUUGGAACAAAGUGAGUUUUAAAGAUCCAUGAAUGUAUAAUUACAUUCAAAUUGGUAAAAGUAACUAUAAAUGAAAAGGUAACUAUAUGUGAAAAGGUAGUAAAUAUACUGAGUGAAGAAGCAUGAACAUAAUAGGAUACUUUUAGUUAAUUUUGAUAAAUAGGAGAGCAUAAAUAUAAUAGAUAUUUUGUCUAUUUGUAAAGUAUAUUUAUUUUUCUUUAGCUGUGUAAAUAGGGAAGGUGAAUACGACAACUGUGAGUAAUUCCAAAAAAAAAGUUGGAACUGUACCAACACUGAAAGGACUGAUCGGUACCAUUUGGUCAUACUUUGCAACUAGGAAGAAAGAGGAUCAGAUGGUGUGUUACAAAAUGAUAAAUUAGUCAAAUGUCCAAAAGACAACUGCUCACUGCUCAAACUUGAUUGUUCAUCUCCUGGGAAACAAGCUUCAAUAUUAUCCUACAAAUUGUAAUGAGAUAUUAAUAAGGCAAAAUGAUUAGAAUUAGGUUUGGUUGUAACAGUAAAAUUCAAAACAAUAGCUUGAACAAGACAGGAGAUUAUUUCUAUCUCACAUAAAAGAAUCUGCAACAAAAGAGUUCAGGGGUGAAUGACAGUUUUAUGAUCAUCAAAGCCCAGUCUCCUCCUUGCUGUUCUCCCAUUGUUAGCAUGCCACCUCAUGACCCAGGGUAGCCCCUUGAGCUCCAGCCAUUACAUCAGCCAAACAGUCCCCAGGAAGGAGUAAGGAAGAAAGGGCACACCCCUUUCCUUUAAAGAAGCUUUCUGAGAGGUGUACCCAACAUUUCUUUUCUUUUUUCUUUUUUUUUAAAAAGAUGACCGGUAAGGGGAUCUUAACCCUUGACUUGGUGUUGUCAGCACCACACUCUCCCAAGUGAUCUAACCGGCCAUCCCUAUAUAGGGAUCCAAACCUGUGUCCUUGGUGUUACCAGCACCAUACCCUCCCAAGUGAGCCACGAGCCAGCCCUUGUACCCAACAUUUCUGAUAGCAUCUCAUUAGCUAUAAUUUAGUCACUCCUGGUCACAUCAAGCCAAGGAAAGAAGCUAGGAAAUAUCUUUAUUCCAGCAAGCAUGUCCAGCUAAAAGGAGUUUCAUAAUAUGGAAGAAGGGGAGAUUGGGUAUUGGGCAAGACAACUAGAAGUUUUUCAAAAUGCAAAUAGACCAGAUCAAUCUGGAAAUAAUAAUAGUAAAGUUACUUGAUUAGUUUUAUAUUACUGUGUAACAAGUUGCUACAAGUUUAGUGGCUUAAAACUAUACCUAUUUUUUAUUUCACAGUUUCUGUAGGUCGGAAAUCUUAGAAUGACUGGAUUCUCUGCUCAGGGUUUCACAAGGUCAAAAGCAAAGUGUAUGCAGGGCUGCCUUCCUUACUGGAGGGGAAGAAUCCACUUCCAAACUCAUUUAGAAUUGAGUUCCUCAUGGUUGUAGGACUGAGGUCCCUAGUCCCCACCAUUCUAGAGCCGACAACGGUGGGCCAAGUCCCUCUCAUACUUUGAAUUUCUCUGGCCUGCCCUUCUGCCACAUCUCUGUGACUUCAGUGCAGAAAGUUCUCUGAGUUUAAGAAUUCAUGUGAUUAGAUUGGGCCCACCCAGAUAAUCCAGGAUAAUCUCCCUAUUUUAUCGUCCAUAACCUGAAUUGCAUAUACAAAGUCCCUUCUGCCAUAAAACAUAACAUGUUUACAGGGUCCAGGGAUUAGGGCAUGGACCUCUUUAGGAAAUCUGAAGGUCAUAGUCAUUAAAUGUAAAGAUGACAUCAUGUAGACAAAAGUCAUCCAGUUACAAAACAAUAAAUGCACUGAAAAUGUGUGGACUUGAAAAAUUCCUAUGAUAUACAAGAUAAAUACCUGGUCAGAUUUUAAUCAUGUUAAAAGGUGAACUGGUUCCCAGAUCCCAAUCAAGAAUUCAUUGAUUAAUAAUCCAAAACUUCAUCUGAACCGAGAUGAUGUUCUUUUGGAUAUCCAAAUUUAAAAAUUGGCCCUAACUGAGAUAGUGUCCAUCUCUUGGGUGUACAAACCCAUUUUUAUGAUGGGUUUAAGUGUAGAUGUCAUAAAUUUUUUAAUCCUUAUAGUGAUACAUAUGCUUUACCAAAAUGUUUGAAGAUUUUAGAGAAGCUGACAUAUUAGACUGGUGAUUCUAUUGAAAUAUU